AUGAAGGACGAAGAGGUCGUUGCCGACGGCGAGAAAAGUCCUUCAGCUCAAUCCUCGCAAUCCAAUCUAGGCAUAGACCGCGAAGAUGAAGACCAUCUCCACGAGCUUGCGAGGCACAUGACUGGUGUCUCAACGGCAGCCAGAUACACUUCCGAUCCACUGAAUCCCUUCCUGGGAACGGAUGAUCCCACUCUGGACCCUACGUCGGAGAAGUUCAGUCUUAAGCUAUGGCUUCAGACCCUCAUGAAUCUAGCUAUCAAGGAACAUGGAGAGGUCCCAAGAAAAAACAUCGGCGUCUCGUUCCGGAAUCUCAGCGCGUAUGGCUUCGGGUUCCCAACCGACUAUCAAAAGGACUUCUUCAAUGUCCUGCUGGAGAGCCAGAACGUCCUCCAGAAGAUAAUGGGGAAGGGGCAAAAGAGGAGGAUUGAUAUUCUGAGGAACUUCGAUGGGCUAGUGAAGCCAGGGGAAAUGUUGGUGGUGUUGGGCCGACCCGGAAGCGGCUGCACAACCUUGCUCAAGACGCUCUCUGGUGACAUUAAUGGAUAUUACGUCGAUUCCGAGUCGGUCUUGAACUACCAAGGAAUCCCAAUGGAGAAAAUGCACGGCCAAUUUCGCGGCGAAACUAUCUACAACGCCGAAACCGAAAUCCACUUCCCCAACCUCACUGUGGGACAAACUCUCGCAUUCGCCGCAAAAGCAAGAGUACCGCGUAACCGGGUCCACGGAGUAACGCGCGAACAGCAUGCACAGCAUCUCCGCGAUGUCGUCAUGGCUCUCUUCGGCCUCAGUCAUACCGUCAAUACGAAGGUCGGUAAUGACUACAUAAGAGGAGUGAGCGGCGGUGAAAGGAAAAGGGUUAGUAUUGCCGAAGCGUUCUUGAGCGGAUGUACUAUACAAUGCUGGGACAACAGUACGAGAGGCCUCGACAGUGCAACUGCACUCGAAUUUGUGAAGACUCUGAGGGUGCAGUCGAAUGUAACCGGGACCAGCGCGGUAGUGGCAAUAUACCAGGCUUCUCAGAGCGCUUAUGAUGUAUUCGACAAAGUCACACUCCUCUACGAAGGGCGACAGAUCUAUUUUGGUCACAUCAACGAUGCGAAGAAGUACUUCACCGACAUGGGCUUCCAUUGUCCAGAAAGGCAGACGACCGCCGACUUCUUGACAUCCAUCACGAGUGUAUCAGAACGCAUCAUCGAGCCAGGAUUCGAGUCAAAAGUCCCUCGAACGCCCGAUGAGCUCGCCGCUGCAUGGAAGAAGAGUCCCGAAUAUAAGCGGCUGUUGGAAGAGAUACAUGCAUUCGAGCAAAAGUACGAGAUUGGCGGAGAAUCUCUUGAGCUCUUCGAGGAAGCGAGAAGGUCACAGCAGGCGAGGUUCAUGCGUGUGAAAUCUCCCUACACCAUCUCGGUGCCUAUGCAGAUCAAGCUAUGCUUCGAUCGUGGAAUGCAGCGAUUACAAGGCGACAUAUCCCUGUUCCUCGAAACAGUCUUCGGUAAUUGGGCAUUGGGAAUCAUUCUCGGCUCGAUCUACUACAACAUUCCCGGCGAUGCGUCCAGCUUCUACAGUCGAGGUGCACUUCUAUUCUUCACGAUUUUGCUCAAUGCUUUGAGUAGCUCCACUGAAAUCCUCUCACUCUAUGUUCAAAGAUCCAUCGUUGAAAAGCACUCCCGAUACGCAUUCUACCACCCCUUUACCGAAGCUUUCGCAUCCAUGCUCACCGAGCUUCCCUCAAAAGUCCUUGUAGCCAUCAGUUUAAACCUCACAGUCUAUUUCAUGGCCGACCUCCGCCGGGAAGCUGGGGCCUUCUUCACAUUCUUCAUCUUUUCGUUCAUCAUGACCCUUACAAUGUCAAAUAUUUUCCGGACUAUCGCCUCCUUCACGCGAACUCUUUCACAGGCUAUGGUGCCAGCCUCUUUCGCUAUUCUGGCAUUGACAAUAUAUACGGGGUUCGCAAUUCCUAUUUCGGGGAUGCACCCUUGGUUUCGCUGGAUAAACUACAUAGAUCCGAUCGGCUAUGCCUUCGAGAGCCUGAUGAUCAACGAAUUCCGCAACCGCCGCUUCCCCUGCUUGACAUAUGUUCCCUCAGGACCAGGAUACGAGAAUGUCAGCGGUGUACAGAGGACUUGCACCGCCGUUGGGAAGCGAGUAGGAUCAGAAUUCGUAGAGGGCAACGACUAUUUGAAGACGGCAUUCAAUUACGAAGAAGCGCAUCUUUGGAGAAACUUCGGCAUCCUUUUCGCAUUCUUCCUAUUCUUCCUCGCGACGUACUUAUUCGGAACUGAAUAUGUCUCUGCUAAGCAAUCGAAAGGCGAGAUUCUGGUCUUCAAACGAGGGCAUAUGCCGACAUCUCUGGCGACACAAGUCGAUGAGGAGAGCGGUCCCGCUUCGGGCGCUGGCAAUGUUGCGGCAGCCAUUACAGAACCGGGCGAUACGGAUGAGAUCGUGAUACAAAAACAGACAGCCGUUUUCCAUUGGAAAGACUUGUGUUAUGAUAUCAAGAUCAAGGGCCAACCCAGACGAUUACUGGACCACGUGGAUGGCUGGGUGAAGCCGGGUACUUUGACUGCCCUCAUGGGAGCCUCUGGUGCUGGCAAGACAACGCUUCUUGAUACGUUGGCCAGUCGAGUGACUAUGGGAGUAGUGGCUGGAGACAUACUCGUCGAUGGGCAUCUUCGCGACGAGUCGUUCCAGCGCAAAACGGGCUACGUUCAGCAGCAAGACCUGCACCUGCAAACCUCGACGGUCAGGGAGGCUUUGACGUUCAGUGCUCUUUUACGACAGCCUAAACACGUUAGCCGGGCGGAGAAACUCGAGUAUGUCGAUCAGGUGAUCAAACUUCUCGACAUGCAGGAGUACUCAGACGCUGUUGUCGGCGUUCCCGGUGAAGGACUCAACGUGGAACAGCGUAAACGACUUACAAUCGGCGUCGAACUCGCAGCAAAGCCGCAGCUCCUCCUCUUCCUCGAUGAACCUACUUCCGGCCUCGAUAGCCAAACUGCAUGGUCCAUCUGCGCCUUGCUCCGCAAACUCGCGGAGAAUGGGCAAGCAAUUCUUUGCACGAUUCACCAGCCUUCGGCGGUCCUCUUUCAAAGCUUCGAUCGGAUAUUGCUUCUGGCGAGUGGAGGAAGAACCGUGUACUUCGGUGACAUCGGGGAGAACUCGAAGACGCUAAUCGAUUACUUUGAACGGAGGAGCGAUGUCAAGUGUCCGCCGGACGCUAACCCUGCGGAGUACAUGUUAGAAGUGAUAGGUGCAGCUCCGGGCUCUAAAAGCGACCAAGAUUGGCCGCAACUAUGGCGCGACAGCGAGGAGCGGCGAGCGGUUCGACAGCAACUAGACGAGAUGGUCGUGGAACUACCCAAAGUCUCUCAAGUCGAUCUCUCGUCUGCUGACGCGCACCAAACCUUCGCCCAGUAUUUCGCGUACCAGACACUUCUGGUGACCCGACGCUGCUUUGAGCAGUACUGGCGAACCCCGACGUAUCUCUGGUCGAAAGUCGUACUGUGCACCUUACCUGCCCUCUUCAUCGGCUUCUCCUUCUGGGCCGAAAAGAACUCGCUCCAAGGCCUCCAAAACCAAAUGUUCGCCAUCUUCAUGCUCAUGAUCGUUUUCGGCAACCUCAACCAGCAAAUCAUGCCGCAAUUCGUCACCCAGCGCGCCCUCUACGAAGUGCGCGAACGCCCCUCCAAGACCUACUCGUGGCAAACCUUCAUCCUCUCCAACAUCUGCGUCGAGCUGCCGUGGAACGCCUUCAUGGCCGCCAUCAUGUUCUUCUGCUGGUAUUACCCGAUCGGCAUGUACAAGAACGCGGAACCCACCAACGCGGUGCACGAGCGCGGGUUCCUCAUGUUCCUGCUGAUCCUGACGUUCCUGCUGUUCACGUCGACGUUCACGCACAUGAUGAUUGCGGGCAUGGAGAUGGUCGAGGCGGCGGGCACGCUGAGCACGCUGCUGUUCUCGCUCACGCUCAUGUUCUGCGGCGUGCUCGCGACGCCGGCGCAGCUGCCGGGCUUCUGGAUCUUCAUGUACCGCGUUUCGCCGUUUACGUACCUGAUUUCGGCCAUGAUGGCGACGGGGCUGGCGAAUACGGACGUGCAGUGCUCUUCCAUCGAAGUCUCGAGGUUCCAGCCGCCGGCGGGCAAGACGUGUGCGGAGUACAUGGCCACGUAUAUGAGCAGCUACGGUGGCCGUGUCUAUAAUCCGAAUGCGACGGCGGACUGCAGCUUUUGCGCGAUUACGAGCACGAAUCAGUAUCUGGCGCAGGUAUCGUCGACGUACAGUACCAGGUGGAGGGAUUUUGGGAUCAUGUGGGUGUUUAUUGUCUUCAAUGUCUUUGCGGCGAUUGGGUUGUAUUGGCUAGUGCGUGUGCCUAAGAAUACGAGGAAGAUUAAGGGGAGUAAAGAUAUGCCGAGGGUAGAGGGGGCGGAAGGGCGGAAGGCGGAAUGA